AUGUCUUGGGACUCGUCUCUCCGUACUAACAUCCGCACCAGGGUCAAACUCCCAAAGACGUUCCUCGCGGUCAACCUGUCGGACGCAUUCAGCUUCGAGGAGCAGGAGAGAAGGAAGAGCGUAGAAGGUGGCGAAGAUGCGGAAAUGAAGGAGGCGCCGCCAAAGGACCUCUUGAUGACCCCGUCGGCUCCUCGUCCGGACGAGGGAUCCAGCGGUGAGGGAGGAAAGAUUCUGAAUCCCUAG